AUGGCUGGUUACAUUGCUGUAGCUGAGUGGAACAUACAGGAUGCUUUUGCUCAGCUACACAAUAAACCUUUACCACCCAAACCACCACUCCGAGACUUAACACAGCUUCCACCUACCUCUGAAUCCGAACCUCCAUCUGCUGCAGCUGCUGGUUCGCCUCUACCUUCUGCCUUUUCCAGGCGUAGGAACCGCCACCGGGGCAAGAAGGCCAUUCCAUCUCCGGCGGUUCAGCCUGAUGCCUCCACUCCUUUUCCGGUGGGUCAGCCUGACCCCUCCACUCUCUCUGUUCUUCAGCCAGCAGCAGGUCUCAGUCCUCAUCCUCUUCAGGUCAGUCAUUCCCGUCCCAGUAAGCACCUGUUAGAUCAGCAGAUUGUUCCCUCAGUCAGAAAACUCAAACUCGCGCCACUUAUCAAAACCCCUGCAGCUAGAGCUCUCCGUCAGUCAGAUCCCAUAUUAGAACCAGAUAGUUUCCCUGUUUCUCUAGCCUCUGAGUCUGCCAGCGUUCCGUCUUCCCCAGUUCCAGCACCGGUUAGCUAUCCAGUUUCCCUAGCCUCAGGACCCGGAAGUGAUUUUGUUCCGUUAGCCACAGAACCAGUUAGCAUACCGUUUCCCUUAGCUUCACAGUCCGUCAGUCAUCCUCUUUCUCCUGUUUCUGUUAACACUACUUAUUCUUUAGUUCCAGAGCCCGGUAGUGUUUAUGUUCCACUAGCUUCAGAACCCAUCACCAUUCAUGUUUCUCCGAUUUUUGAGCACAUUAACAUUUCAGAUUCUUUAGCGUCAGAACCCGGAAGUAGUUCAGAAUCGCCAGUUAGUUUAUCCGCGUCUUUUGCCAUAGAACCCCAGACGGUCAGAGCUCCCCACAUCCAGGAGUCUGACCUCUGGAAAUUCUUUUAUGGGGAUAGAGAUGAUCUUUUCCCGUUUAUCCCACCUCGUAUCUCUCUUCCCCAGCCAGAGUCAGUCAGCAAACCAGUUAGCUUAUCAUCUGAAUCCAUUUCUAAACCAGUUAGUCCCACUCCUAAGCCUGUUAGCAAUCCUGCUAGCCUAGAACCUGAAUCCACUUGCACACCAGAUAGCUUGUUGCCAGAAUCAGUCUGUGAACCAGCUAGCCCAGCUUCUAAGACCCCCCGACAGACCCCUGAUCCUGCUCUGCAUACUUUUCGAAAGGCUUCUGAGAUCGGGGUUAGUGAAGAUACGCCUCAGCGGGUGCCCCAAACCGCCAAGAGCCCUCUGCGGGCACUUCAAGCCACCUCAGAGACUGAACCUGUGCCGCCAUGGGCAGUUUCCUCCAUGCUGGAUGUGGAGCCACAGUCGUCGGCGGCCCCUCCUGCUCCAGUUCCUGAGCCGCAGUCGGCGACCCCUCCUGCUCCAGUUCCUGAGCCGCAGUCGGCGACCCCUCCUGCUCCAGUUCCUGAGCCGCAGUCGGCGACCCCUCCUGCUCCAGUUCCUGAGCCGCAGUCGGCGACCCCUCCUGCUCCAGUUCCUGAGCCGCAGUCGGCGACCCCUCCUGCUCCAGUUCAUGAGCCGCAGUCGGCGACCCCUCCUGCUCCAGUUCAUGAGCCGCAGUCGGCGACCCCUCCUGCUCCAGUUCCUGAGUCGCAGUCGACGACCCCUCCUGCUCCAGUUCCUAAGUCGCAGUCGGCGACCCCUCCUGCUCCUGUUCCUGAGCCGCAGUCCGCGGUCCCCUCAGAGACUGUUGCUGAGCUGUUGAAACGGAGACGUCGUCCUCCUCCGAGAUUUGACCCAUUCCAGUUUGCUAACCGAUGGAACCGCUCCACCAAGGACGUCAUCUCCUCUUCUCCUCACCUGAGUCUGGCACACCUGGAGGAGAAGAACACCCAUGUGUCGAUGCUGUUUCCACAGUUAGAUAUGAAGAGACCUUUCAAUAUCUGGUCACUUAUAUGA